UCAAGGAACAACAACAACGAUGUCGACGCCUACCACGACGACACCCACGACGACGACGACGCCUACUACAACGACAACGUACCGUACAACAACGACGUCGACGCCUACAACAACGACGACGACGACGACGACGCCUACCACAACGACGACGCCUACCACAACGACGAAGACGCCCACGAUGCCUACCACAACGACGACGUACCUUACAACAACGACGUCGACGCCUCCUACAACGACGACAACGCCUACUACAGCAACGACGACGACGCCUACCUCGACGACGACGUCGCCUAUAACAUUGGCGUCGACGCCUACUACAACGACAACAACGCCUAAUACAGCAACGACGACGACGCCUACCUCGACGACGCCGCCGCCUAUAACAUUGGCGUCGACACCUACUACAACGACAACAACGCCUAAUACAACAACGACGACGCCUACCUCAACGACGACGACUCCAACGACGACGACGCCUACCACAACGACGACGACAACAGGACCAAGUACAACAACUGGACCAAGUACAACAACUGGAACUGGACCAAGUACAACAACUGGGCCAGGUACAACAAUUAGACCAAGUACAACAGCUCUUCCAAGUACAACAGCAACCCUGCCUUCUACAACAACAACGCUUACUACCAUUACACUACCUAUUCCAACAAAAAAGGGUACAGCAGCAACGACUUUUGCAAUAACAAUGGAUACGGCAACAACUAGGCCUACUACAAAAACGCAUAGCAGUGCUUAUACUGCUGAUGUAUCAAUUCACAACAAUUCCAUAUUUCAAAAUGCCAAUUCAAGUGAAAACACAACCAAAGCAAACGUAGACAACUUAUAUUCAAAAACAAAUGAAUAUGAAACAAAAGUCCAAGUAACGCAUGGUAAAAUAAUAUAUUUAAAACUUGAACUGAAAGAAGCGGAUGUAUUAAACUCCAAGCAACUGUUAGAAAAUAAUCCAUCAGAAGCCCGAUAUUCUACAGGAAUAGGCUCUGUGUGGUUGAUUGUUUUAAUCGGGGUAAUAGUAUUUGUAGUGUUACUUGACAUGCCGUUACUUUACAAACAAGUGAAACACUUGGCGUUUAAGAGAAUACAGAGAGUAUUAUAGAAAAAGUAGAUCUUUCCAGUUUGACAGGAUGCAUAUUGUCCCAUUAAAUGUCCACCUGUUAAUUUAAGAGGUACAUAUUUCGCCCAAGGAAGGAUUAUAAUAUGCAAGCACAAGUGCCAAAGGGAAAGGACCAAAAAUUGUUACAGAACACUGCAAGAAAAAGAAAACAUCUAAGAGAACACCAGCCAUAAGGAAAACAAACCCCAUCUACCUUUAACAUGAACAGAAACAAUGUUUAAUACCCAUCCC